AUGCAGUCGUCAGCCCCGAAACGCCGCCGCUUCAACAAGGACCCACCCUCACCCUGGACACAGGCAGUGCGUGUGCGCCUGCCGAGCGAUCGUGACUCUGAAACCGCCAGUACGGUCUGCGUGGUCAGCACGCCCACGUCCAUGGUCAGGCCGACUUCCGCAACAUCGAGGUACGCUACCACGGAGGAAUCUACAAUGGUGCCACCAAACCGGCGUUGUAACGAGACUCCGCAGUCGUCAGGCCUGAAACGUCGCCAAUCGAACAAAGACCCGCCGUCACCGUGGGCACGGGCGAACGUGCCAGUGCGCGUGCGCCUACUGAGUGAUCGUGGCUCUGAGAUCGCCAGCAUCGUCAGCGUUGUGGACGGCAGGUGCCAUGUGUUCGACCCCAGGGGCGAGGCGGAGUCUUUCCAAUUUCAAGAACAGCGGACAUGUGGGGAUCUCGUCAAGCCCAAUGAAGGCCAAUGCUUCAUGUGUGGUCAGUUCUUUGAUGAAACAAAAUACAAUGUGUAUGCGUUUGAGAGCACCACCAAGGACAUGCUGACGAUGCUCAUUGAAGGGUGCGAUUGCUCUGUAUACGCGCGCAUUUCGACCGUCACCAGCAAAACCUUCGCAAUGCUGGGCUCCGACGAAUGCCCCGGAGUGGUCUCCUUCAUAGCCAGCGAGUUGUACCAACGCGUGGACAAGCUCCGGUCAGAGGGCCAGACAUGCGACGUAGCAGUCGCCUAUCUGGAAGUCUGCAACAAGGUUGUUCGGGACCUGCUGUACCUUGACCCGGCCAAGACCAUUGCCAUAUUGAACCUCACCAAACACAAAGUGAAGGACGCUGGCACCCUCCUCCAGCUGCUCUUGAAAGGAAACAAGAGCCGGAUGCUUCAUGUCACCGAUGCGAAUGCUGAAUCUGCAUGGUCGCAUGCCAUCUUCCAGAGCUACGUCGCACUGGCGGAGCAUGUGACAAGCACGAGCAAAGAAAUUCGCGCCUCGAUGUGCUCUAGUGAUCUUGCCAGCUUGGAGGGCGCAGCUGCGGCCAGUAGGAACAUAAAGGAUCAGGUGCCCGAGGGUACCAAGCUCAACCUGUCGCUCCUGGCCCUCGGCAACUGCAUCGACGUCUGCUCGAAGAACUGGACGCAGCAAGUGCCGUACCAGGACUCCAAGCUGACCCACAUCCUCAAGGACUCGCUGGGUGCCUCGUGCAAAACUCUAAUGAUUUGGACAGCGACGGCGUUGAAGCUCAGCUGCACGGAAACGUACAACACCCUGUAG